CCAUACACUAUGCCCAAGGACGAAGAUGAUGGUGGAUCGGUCGAUGGGGAGGGAUCUCGUAAUGGCAGGAAGGGGAUCAUUAGCAGAGUCAAUCGCGCAUGCAACCACUGCAGGCGGAUGAAGAUGCGAUGUGUCGGAGGAGACGAUCCGCCGUGUAAGCGCUGCCGUCAUGCUGGCCUCGACUGCGUCUUGGAACGACCAGAGAAAGUGGUAGAGCCGGCAGGAGAUGAACGGUUGCGGUCCCUCGAGCAUCAAGUGUCCUCCAUCAACAGCACACUGACAGACUUGGUCAGACUGCUUCAGCCUGCUCUGCCGAGAUCGCUGGAGCCUCGUCCUUCCACUUCAAGUCCUGCUUGGCAUAGUCAACCGGAUUGGUCCUCACUUCACUCGGCGAGGCCAUCUGAUUCCGUGCCAACGCCAGAGCAGAUCAUUGGAGUGAAGAGAAACCCCUCGCCUUCCCUUCCGCCAUCUCGCGCCAUGUCCGUGGGGCCAGAAGACGUUCUGGGUGAGGGAAUAUCCCGACCGCUGGAAGCGAUGUCAAACAUGGCUGGAUUGGUCGAAGCUGCCAUGGAGCGAGCGAGGGAAGAGCAUGUUACAACCAUUCAGCCCUCGGGGAAAAUCAAACGGGCUCGAUUUGCUUCUCCGGAACCUCGAGGCCCGAGCAUCAUUGAACAUGCCUCUACGGGAAAGUCGGAACCUGUCAUACAUGUGCAUGCUUACCCAGACGCUGUUGCGGAUGGCCUAGUGUCCGAGGAAGAGGGUCGGGAGAUGAUGCAAAUAUUCUUCAGUGGUUGCUCAGACUUUAUGCCUUGUUUCGACCCCAAUAUGGAUACAUGGGAGUCCCUUCGUCGGCGUUCACCCUUUUGCAUCACUACCAUCAUCAUGAUUGGGGCCCGUGUUCGAGAUGGUGGCGGGCCACCAAGCGAUACCCAACUUGCGUGUCGUGCUCAUGCUCAGCGUAUCGCAUCCGGUACACUGUUUGCACGUGUUCCACGAGUAGAGGCAGUGCAGGCAAUGAGCCUGCUUGCGACUUUUUCUGAUCGAGGCUGGCUACCUGGUGGGCACGCAGUCCGAUUGGCGCUAGACAUGGGUCUCGAUCAGGCCUUUGGUCAGCUUCUGCGGACCGGCAUGGGUUUAGGAAAAUCCAGGCCACAGCUCGAAACUGAGAGACAUCUCGUUGUUCAAUCUCGUGUAUGGUUCUGCCUGUAUCUCUUCGAGCAUCAAAUGGCGUACGGAAAUGGACGGCCAGCCAUCCUCCGUGAGGACGAGUCUAUCAAGUCGUGUCGUCGUCUCCUCGAGCAUCCAUUGUCCAUCGCUUCGGAUGCAAGACUGGUUUCAAUGGUCGAGCUCACGGCUCUACGAGCGCCUCUCCAUUCCGAGAUCAUUUCGUCGCUGCACAGCUCUGCCACCGAAUCCAUUCUCAAUUAUCUGAUCGCAGCCAACAACGACUUUGAAGCGUGGGAGAAGGACUGGCUAGUCACGUUCAUGUCGCGUCAAGAUGCCGAUAGCUUCGUUUACGAGUCCUUGGCAAUUCAGCGACAAUACGCCGAACUCUUCGCCAAUUCUCAACUCUUGCGAGAUAUCCGUGAACCACAAGAUGUCUUCAAGCUGGGCAUGAAUGCACAGGCCUUUGCGAUUCAAUCAAUCCGUAACGCUGAGAGAUGCAUCGAGAUCUGCCUGCGGAAUGACCAGUACCGCCAUCGACUCAAAUAUGCCGUGCACUAUACUCACGUUUGCGCUGCUUUUGCUGCGUCCUUUCUGAUGCGGAUCACCCGACUCUUUCCCGACGAAGUGGAUUUUGAGAAGACCAUGCGAGACGUCAAAGAGCUGGCGGAUCUAUUGUCAGAAAUCCCGGCGCCACGUUAUGGUCGCUCACUCAAGCUCUUGCUGCGGCGCGCGAGGCGACGAUUGCCUGCUGAAAAGGCGACCCUGCUGCCGUUCCCUUCACUGUCUCCGUCUGACAGUGCUGGCGUGGCGAGCGGGGAUCUAGAUACAAUCUUUGGGCAAGGCAUUCCUCUAUUUCUCGACGAUCAAAGCCUUGGAGCCCCAUCAGCACCCGCCGAAGCCCCAUAUGCCGGAAUGGAGGAUUUCUUCCUUCCAACCGAUUUCGACACCCAAUUGGUAAACCUGACAGGAACCCCUCAGGCAGAUUCGGGUCCCUGGUGGUGAGCUGCGGAUCUGCAGCUUUGUUACGGGGUUUCCUCAGCACAGAUUUUGACGGAAGCAUGACAUUUAUGACAGGAUGGGUUUAUUACUAGUAACAUGCAAUGCAUGGAUCACGAG